AUGAAAAACAAGAGUCCAGCGCAACUUACUGCCGGAAAGAGCUGCUUGAAUACUUUCCUUGCGGAAGGAGCAAAUAAUGAGGUGUUCUUACCGUUCGGCGUCCGGCAGGUGAUUGAAAAGAAAAUUCAAGAGAAGGAUGUCGACAUAACACUCUUUGAUGAGGCUAUCAAGCAUGUCGAACAGGUCCUACGCAACGAUCCCUAUGUACGUUUCCUGCAAAGUCCGCAGUACCUUGAUCUUCUAGCCAAGCUCAAGAACUAA